CUACAAUAUGAGUAGAUCUGGUUCAGAAGCCAUCGCUAAAGCAUUAAAAGGUGGAGGAUUAUCGUCUGUUGAAAAGAUUAAGAAGGCACGCGAAGCAUGGAACAAUAAUUCAUUAUUCUUUCCAAAUAAAGAUGAUUUUUUGUUUACUUGGCUUUGUAGUUCCUUUGCUAAACCAAACAUGAAAAAGCUAGACGAUUGUUGUCUAUUUCAAAUCGAUUAUUGGAUCUUGUUUGUAGAUCUAUUAGAACACUAUCAACAAUCACAAGAUCGCAAUCUACCUCCUGUUCAUAUCAAUCCUCUUGCAUCUGUCAUCGCCGUCUUACAACAUACCGACAAUAUCACAAAAGACUAUUUAUUGCUAAUCAGCCGAUACCUUCAGUUGUUCUUUUCUGUGUCAUUUACCUCGUCUUAUAGACCUACAUUUGAACAUGUCUCAGCUCUAGUAGAACAGGUCUUGAUCAACCUCGAAACACAAACCAAUGAAGCGUUACUUGCCAUUGCCUUGCCUGCUUUACAAAAAUUAAACUCGCAGAUUGUCGCUAUUGCCAACCAGAAAAAGGUAUUGAAACAACAAAAAAAAUGCCUUCAAACUAAAAUAGACAAUAGGUUUUUUCAACGCUCGUAGACAAGCUGCUUUCCAAGUUAUUGCAUGUACGACGACGCAUGGAUGAUUUAAAGAUCAAAGAACAGAUUACAGACAUUAUCUGUAAGGGCCUAUUUCACUCAGAUAUCAUCUUGGAAUAUACCUCUGUUCUCAGCUCAGUUGACACUACAGCAAAGCAAACAACCUAUGUGAUCAGGCUGUUUGACUUGUUGGAAAGUAUGAUCAAACAAGACAGGAAUCAAAUGCUUGACGGUAAAUGCUUUAUUUUUUUUCCAGAACACAUAUAUAUUAACAUCUACAAAAGCUGUCGAUAUCAUGCCUACUUU